UAAGAUUAGAUGGUAAUCUCAUCUUAAACCGUCGCAUAUUUGACCGCAGAUAAUCUGUUAGGUAACCGCGGUAGAGGUAUCCUAUAAUAUUCAAUGGGUGGUAUACUGAUACUUGAUAGUCUGAUUACUCUAUGGGAUACAUUUUCUCUUCUAUAUUAUUUUAUUUUCUGUACUCAUUCAUUAAAGCUGUAUUGUAUUAAUAUUAGUUUAACCAAUAGUUUUAUUUAGUCACAAUUUCCAUACAAAUAUGGCUGGAAGUCGUUUGGAAAAACUCGGAACUAUAUUUUCGAGGUAAUUUAGGUAUCAUUGAUAUUGACUGCAAUUUUGUGUAUUUACUACCUAAUUUUUAAUUUCGAAUUUUAACACAUUAAAAUUUAGAUACUUUUUGCUGGCUAUCAAUUGCAUGAUUAAUAACCAAAAUGACUUAUUCUUUUUAUAAAAUGUGAUAUUUUGAAUUAUUAAUGUAUGUUAAGGGUAAAUGGAUUAAUUAAAUCUGGUGCAAUGAAAAUUGAAGAUAGACCCAUUUGGUAUGACGUGUACAAGGCAUUUCCUCCAGAGUCAGAACCACAUUAUGCAAAGCCUGCCAAGUCAUAUAAAAUACCUAAUAUAUUUUACUCAGAAGAUAUCUUCAGAGCGUCAGUAUUUUAAUUUUUGUUUGUAACUAAAAUGUGUAAAAUGUUAUUAAUUAAUGAAAUAAUAUUUGUUUUAUAGUGAGUUUCACAAAAAGGCACGUAACCAAUUGCCACCAAUUAACUUAAGAGAGCCUCGUAAAAAGCAAAAUGCAACAGAUAUUGCUAUAGAAAUGAAUAUUGCUGAUCAAUCAAUUUCAGUUGAAAAAGUAAUUGAAAUCUUAAACAAAAACAAGGUCCUGCCAAUAUAUAAUACUUCAUUGAAUAAAAUCAGUCCCAUAAACAACAAUGAUAGUACAUGCAAAAUAAAUGCCAAUGAAAUUAAUACUCCUACCACAGAAGUAUCAUCACCAAGUAAUUAAUUAUUUCAUGACAAAAUGUUACUAGGAUUUUAGCAUAUUUUAUUGAUAUCUGUAUUUCACAUUCUUUUAACAUGUAACAUAGUAAACAUUGUUUUGUUGUCUUUAUUUAUUACAAUUUAAAUGCAAGCAAAGUAUGGCCACAUUUGAGUAUUUUUGAUACAAAUAAUAUUAUUUUUACAUAAUAGUACAAAUUAGUGGUGGCCAACAAAAUAAUUCCAGGUAUCAUUAUCACCCAAAUUUUGACUUAUCGUAAAAUUUACAUUAUCAAUAUUAUAUAUAUAUAUAUAUAUAUAUAUAUAUGUAUGUAAUGAUAUGUAACAUUAAACAAUAUUUUAUUUUUUUCAAAAUGUGUGUCUUCUAAUGCUUAAUCUGAGGGUUGGCAAUUAGUUUUUAAGGUGGGGCAGAUAAUUAGAAAAAAAAAAUUCGAGGACCAUAUAUUUUAGUAGUAUUUUAGAGUUAAGCGAAGAUAAAAAAAAGUUCAACCUUUACCUAUUUUAUGUUCAGUCUUAAAUAAUAUCUCCAGUAAAAACAUAAAUUUAUAAAUUAUUAAAU